AUGUCUGCCCGUCCCCAGAACGUCGGCAUCAAGGCCAUCGAAAUCUACUUCCCCAAGAGAUGCAUCUCGGAGGACGACCUCGAGGACUUUGAUGGCGCCCCCAAGGGAAAGUACACCAUCGGCUUCGGCCAGAAGUUCAUGGCCUUCACCGACGACCGCGAGGACAUCAACUCGUUUGCCCUCUCCGUCGUCUCUGGCCUGCUCGAGAAGAACAACAUCGACCCGCGCAGCAUCGGCCGCAUCGACGUGGGCACCGAGACCAUCAUUGACAAGUCCAAGUCGGUCAAGACGGUGCUGAUGGACCUGUUUGCGCCGUCGGGCAACCACAACAUCGAGGGCAUCGACUCCAAGAAUGCGUGCUACGGAGGCACUGCCGCCCUCUUCAACGCCGUCAACUGGGUCGAGAGCAGCUCGUGGGACGGCAGGGACGCCAUCGUCGUCGCCGGCGACAUUGCCAUCUAUGCCGAGGGCAGCGCUCGCCCCGUCGGCGGCGCUGGUGGUGUUGCGCUCCUCAUCGGUCCCGACGCGCCCCUCGUCCUCGAGCCGGCCCACGGCACCCACAUGGCCAACUUCUGGGACUUUUACAAGCCCAACCUCUCGUCCGAGUACCCCGAGGUCGACGGCCCCGAGACGAUCCAGGCCUACCUCGGCUGCUUUGACCGGACCUACGACGCCUUCCGCCAGCGCGUCGCCAAGCUCAAGGCGGCGGCGGCGGCGGGAGGCAGCGCCAACGGCGCCAACGGCCACGCCGACGCCGCCGACGCUGCCGCGCUCGCCGCGACCAAGGUCGAGGACUUUGACUACGUCGUCUACCACUCUCCCUACUCGAAGCUGGUCCAGAAGGGCUUCGGGCGCCUGCUGUACAACGACUUUGCGGCGGACCCCAAGAACGAAAAGUACGCCUCGAUCCCGGCCGAGUUUGCCGAGCUGGACCGCAAGUCGACGAUCACCAACAAGGACGUCGAAAAGGCGUUUGGCGCGUACGGCAAGCAGCUGCAGCAGAAGAUGCUCGAGCCGAGCAUGGACACGGUCAGGCGGUGCGGCAACAUGUAUUCCGCCUCGGUGUACGGCGGCCUGGUGUCGCUGCUGAGCAACGUGUCGUCGCCGGAGAUCCAGGGCAAGCGCAUCCUGGUCUACUCGUUUGGGUCGGGCGCGGCGGCGUCGAUGUUUGCCAUCCGCGUGCGCGGCUCGACGGAGCAGAUUGUCAAGACGACCGACCUCAAGGCGCGCCUCGACGCCAUGCAGGUCGUGCCGUGCCAGACGUACGUCGACGCCCUCCAGACGCGCGAGGCCACCCACAACGCCGUCAGCUACGACCCCAAGGGCGACGUCGCCCACCUCUGGCCGGGCGCCUACUACCUCGAAAAGGUCGACCACAUGUACCGCCGCUUCUACAAGCGCGUCCCCCUCGCCUGA